AUGGAAGAUCUGCGGGGUGUGACGAUAGUAGAGCUGAUUAAGAAGGAAGGCAGCACCCUGGGCCUCACCAUCUCUGGAGGAACAGACAAGGACGGAAAGCCCCGCGUCUCCAACCUACGACCAGGAGGUCUGGCUGCCAGGAGUGAUCAGCUGAACGUUGGCGACUACAUCAAGUCAGUCAAUGGUAUCAACCUGACCAAGCUGAGACAUGAAGAGAUCAUCAGUCUGUUGAAGAACGUGGGAGAACGAGUGGUGCUGGAAGUAGAGUACGAACUGCCCCCUUCAGCACCAGACAGCACAUCAGGUGUGAUUUCCAAGACAAUCGAGAUAUGUUUGCACAAAGAAGGGACCAGCUUCGGCUUCGUCAUGAGAGGGGGCUCACACGAAGACUGGAACAAAUCACGCCCCCUGGUGGUGACAUACGUCCGGCCGGGAGGCCCUGCAGACAGAGAGGGCACUCUGAAGCCAGGCGACCGUCUGAUGAGUGUUGACGGGGUACCUCUCCACAGUGCCAACCAUGGAGAUGCCCUCACUGUGCUCAACCAGUGUGGUCAGGAGGCUCUUUUCCAGAUCGAGUAUGACGUCUCUAUCAUGGAUACUGUGAUGAAUGCAUCUGGUCCCCUAUUGGUGGAGAUCGCCAAAUCACCGGGGGCAGCUCUCGGUAUCACCUUGACAACCGCCACCCACAGGAACAAACAGGUCAUCGUCAUCGACAGGAUCAAAGCAGCUAGUGUGGUGGACAGGAGUGGAGCCCUCCAUAUAGGAGACCACAUCCUGUCCAUCGAUGGGACCAGCACGGAGCACUGUUCAGUCCUGGAGGCCACACAGCUAUUAGCCAGCACCUCAGACCAGGCCAAGCUUGAGAUCCUCCCCGCCCACCACAGCAGACUGCCCAGCAAACCCCAGGACACUGUGAAGGUUCAGAAGAGUGACAACCCCCACUCGUGGGACCCCUGUGUGAACUACUGCCCCCCCCAGCACCCCUCCUCUCACUGUAAGACAAACACCUGGACCACCUCCUCCAACCCCUCCAGCACACAGGAAUAUUGCAAAUCCCUAGUGUCGACCAACUUCUCCCCCGGUUCCACCACCACCACCACAUCAGGCCCUGGGUCGACCAGCCAGAUCUCCAGUACCCUGCCCCGUACAGCUGUCCCCAUGAGUCCACGCAACUCCAUGAUGAAGAGACGGCAGAGGAAAAAAGAACAUAAGAGCUCAUCUGUGUCACUGGCAUCCAGUACAGUGGGUCCUGGUGGUCAGAUCGUCCACACAGAGAGCAGUGAGAUCACCCUGAGAGGAGACCCUCUAAACGGCUUUGGGGUCCAGCUACAGGGAGGCAUCUUUGCUACAGAGACCCUCUCUGCUCCGCCACUCAUACGUUUCAUAGAGCCGGACAGCUCGGCAGAGAGGUGUGGCCUGCUGCAGGUUGGAGACAGACUCCUGUCCAUCAACGGAAUCCCCACGGAGGAUGGAACACUGGAAGAGGCCAAUCAGCUUCUCCGAGACGCCGCUCUGGCCAAUAAGGUCUCUCUUGAAAUAGAGUUUGACGUCGCAGAGUCUGUUGUACCCAGUAGUGGAACAUUCCAUGUGAAGCUGCCUAAGAAGAGAGGGGUGGAGCUGGGCAUCACUAUCAGUGCCAGUAAGAAGUCUGGAGAGCCUCUAAUCAUCUCAGACAUAAAGAAAGGCAGUAUGGCUCACAGGACUGGUACCCUGGAGCCAGGUGACAAGCUGCUGGCCAUAGACAACAUCAGACUGGAGAACUGUUCCAUGGAAGACGCCUGUCAGAUCCUACAACAGGCAGAGGACCUGGUCAAACUCAAGAUCCGCAAGGACGAGGACAACUCAGAUGAACAGGAGACGUCUGGUUCUAUUAUCUAUACGGUGGAGCUGAAGAGAUAUGGAGGCCCCCUGGGGAUAACCAUCUCAGGAACAGAGGAGCCAUUUGACCCGAUCGUUAUCUCUGGCCUCACCAAGAGGGGCCUGGCUGAGAGGACCGGAGCCAUCCAUGUGGGAGAUCGUAUCCUGGCUAUCAACAGUGUCAGUCUGAAGGGAAAGCCGCUCAGCGAGGCCAUUCACCUGCUACAGAUGGCCGGGGAGACGGUCACACUCAAGAUCAAAAAGCAGGUCGACAUAGCAGACGAGAAGAAGAAGGAUGGGGAGAUGGAGAAUGAUUUGAGUGACACCGAGGACAUAUCAGACAUGACAGACUCUCAGAAGACCAACAAGCUGUCAGAGAUCUACUCCACCACAAUACCCAGUGUGGACUCUGCCAUGGAGUCCUGGGACGGAUCCGGCAUCGACGCGGGCUACGGAAGCCAAGGAACCUACAUCCAGCAGGCAGCAGGCAUCGCCCUGCAUCCCCAUGAGUGGAGGAGUGCCAAGCAGAGGAACAGCCCCCCGCCCCCGGGCCGCCGUAGUAACAACUACCCUUUCAGUGACGGGGGCUUCAGUGAAGACGACUGGGACAAACCGUCAGGAUAUACCAGCCAGCCUCAUAGUGACGGCAUCAUGCUAGACCACGAGGACAGCUUCUGGUGUCAGGCCCUGGAAGACUUGGAGACCUGUGGACAGUCUGAGCUGCUCAGAGAGAUAGAGGCAUCCAUCAUGACGGGCAGUGCCAUCAGUAUUGGGGUGGAUGGUAACAAGUCCCAUGCCAUCUCCCACCCUGGGGACCCUGUCAGCCAGCCCCGCGUCAGCCCUCUACGGAGGAGCUCCCUCCUGCACCACGAUGCCAAGACCCACCUGCACCAGGAAGUCCACCUCCACCAGGAGGCCCAUCUGCCCCCGGAGGCCCAGCUCCUGCACCACGAGGCCAGGACCCAGCUGCAUCAUGAGGCCAAGGCCAAGAACACACUCCGAGUAUCUGAGAAGACCUGGGAGUCCCGCAGAAUCAAGGAGGAGAUGCAGGAGAUCCUGUCCCCGACCCCUCUUGAGCUACACAAGGUGACGGUGAUGAAGGAUCCAGAAAGCGAUGACUUCGGCUUCAGCGUAUCUGACGGGUUCCUGGAGAAAGGUGUUUAUGUCAACAUGAUCCGUCCCGAGGGCCCGGCUGACCGUGCAGGCUUGAAACCAUAUGACAGGAUCCUACAGGUGAACCACGUGCGUACCAGAGACUUUGACUGCUGCCUGGCUGUCCCCCUGAUCACCGAGGCCGGGGACAAGCUGGAGCUGGUGAUCAGCAGGAACCCUCUGGCCCAGCAACUGCACCAUGAACCGGACUGUCUGGACCAGGACCAAGGCCUUCUCAUCUCUGCACUGCAGUCCAACAGUAGGGAGCACCACCACUAUACCACUACAACCCGAGCCAUGGACCUGUGAUUUACAGACACGCAGCACAGACACACGGAACCACAGCCCAGGACUAAGGACUACUGAUUUCUGCACUGCAGUCCAACAGCAGAGACCACCACUACAACCAGAGCCAUGGAUCCUGUGAUUACAGACACAGACUACAGUCACACCAAGCCACAGACCACGACCAUGGAACUGUAUCUGAAUCUACAACCGCACACAAAACCAUGUGUUUACAGACACACCAAUGACCUGUGACUUUACAGCCUGCAGACACACCAAUGACCUGUGACUUUACAGCCUGCAGACACACCAAUGACCUGUGACUUUACAGCCUGCAGACACACCAAUGACCUGUGACUUUACAGCCUACAGACACACCAAUGACCUGUGACUACAGACCUGUGACUACAGACCUGUAACUACAGACCGGUAACUACAGACCUAUAACUACAGACCCGUAACUACAGACCUAUAACUACAGACCCGUAACUACAGACCUAUAACUACAGACCCGUAACUACAGACCUAUAACUACAGACCUGCAACUACAGACCUAUAACUACAGACCUGUAACUACAGACCAAUAACUACAGACCUAUAACUACAGACCUGUAACUACAGACCUGUAACUACAGACCAAUAACUACAGACCUAUAACUACAGACAUGUAACUACAGACCUAUAACUACAGACCUGUAACUACAGACCUGUAACUACAGACCUAUAACUACAGACCUGUAACUACAGACCUGUAACUACAGACCUGUAACUACAGACCAAUAACUACAGACCUAUAACUACAGACCUGUAACUACAGACCUAUAACUACAGACCUGUAACUACAGACCUGUAACUACAGACCUGUAACUACAGACCUGUAACUACAGACCUGUAACUACAGACCUAUAACUACAGACCUGUAACUACAGACCGGUAACUACAGACCUAUAACUACAGACCUAUAACUACAGACCCGUAACUACAGACCCGUAACUACAGACCUGUAACUACAGACCUGUAACUACAGACCUAUAACUACAGACCUGUAACUACAGACCGGUAAUUACAGACCUAUAACUACAGACCUAUAACUACAGACCCGUAACUACAGACCUGUAACCACAAACAUAUAACUAUAGACACACAGAGACAGAACCACAGACCAGCAUCACAGACCUGUCUUUACAAACACACAAAACCACAGACCAGCAUCACAGAC